AUGUGUUCAAAGGCCAUACGGGACACAUUGCGAUACAAUAAUCCCGCCGCCAUUCAACUUGACACAUCCCGCCUGGAGUAUUACUCGCGCUUUGUGAAAGAACUUAGCACUGCACAGGAGGACUUCGAGCCCACUACAUUAGAAUACCUUGCGCCGCAUCUCCCCAGCGACUUCCUCCUCCUGCCACAAACCCGCGUCCUCAAGAUACCUCGCUGUCCCGAUCACAUGCAGGGUUAUGAGAUGCUUCUUGGGCCUGCGCUGGUGGAGAUAGACAUUGAGAUCUACUUCGAGGAGUUCGAGGCGUUCUUCCAGUGGAAGCCCUUGAGGUAUGGCAUGUCCCUUCUCACCAGGAUGUGCACCAUGUGUCCCAAUCUAGAAGUUCUCCGAAUGAAUAUGGAAAACGGCCGGUCGAUUCACGUCGGCUCCUUCAUACAAGUGGUACAGUCAAGGUAUACCUACCUGCGUGUCCUCCACCUCUCUGCAUACAACUGUUUCAUUGGUGGUCGCCGCGACGCUAAGUUCACGUCUAAACCCAUCACCGACCUCCUUCGCACCACGUGUUCCCGCGUGCAAGAAUUCUCGUCUGUCGAGAUUCCAGUGCCUGCGGAUGGCGUCAUCAAACUCGCGACCAAUCCAAACCUCCGCGAUGUGUGGAUCUGCCUUGACGCGACGGCUCUCGAGCCUCGCCUCUUCGAAGGGAUCCAUCGCCCCUUCUCCGCCUUGCGUUCCAUGCGCUUCAGUGUAAAGCACCUGGACGAACGUUCAUUGUCGUUCCUGGAUAGCGUCAGCUCAGGUGUCCUCACAAGGCUCGUCAUUGAUCUUGAGGGUUUUCAACUUACCUCCACGAUGCUUCGUGUUCACACUAAGAAGCUGCAGCAAUCUCCCUUCCGAAACACCUUGACUCUCUUUGGUUUGACUUUUUACGAAAGUCUCGCCGAGCACGUUACAUACAAAGCUUUGAAACCGUCGUUCGAUCUGCCUCGCAUUUCAAGACUGUUUCUUCAGUAUCCCUCCGAUAAGGUGGCUCAGACCAUUGCUCAAAAGAAGCCGCACAUAGAGGUGGUGGAAAAGGAGAAUUGGUAG